UACUCGUACUUCUUUUGUUGAAUGGAAGGGAGUUUAUUUGACUAAGCCAAUACAGAUUGCAAAUUAUUUUAAUGAUUAUUUUGUAAAUAAGGUUUCUAACUUUAGAGAGACAAUGAAAUCCACUGUUGAUUCCAACUUAAAUGAGCUAAUUGAAAGGUGUAUUAUGAAAGAUAAACUGUGUAGUUUUGAAUUUCAUCGGGUUAAUGUUGUGCAGGUGGAAAUGUUGCUGAGAUCUUUGACUGUUGAUGUCUGAUUGAUGGUGAGUGUCCAAAACUUUGGAAGGAGGGUAAGAUAAUUCCUUUACCCAAAGACACAAAAUCAACUUUCUGUGGUUCAAAUAGUAGGCCUAUAAGCAUUUUGCCUAUUCUAAGUAAAUUAUUGGAAAAGAUUGUAUUUAAGCAAGUGCAAGAUUAUUUUUCUAACAAUGAUUUGACUACGAUGUUUCAGCAUGCUUAUAGGUAUGGUCAUUCAACCUGCACUGCAAUGACACAAAUGUCGGAUAGCUGGCUAACAUCAAUUGAUAAUUCAAUGCUAGUGGGUACACUAUUACUGGACUAUAGUGCGGCUUUCGAUGUGAUCGACCACGAAAUUUUGAUUUCCAAACUUAUUAGUUAUGGUUUCACUUCCUCCGCAAUCAAGUGGUUUAAGAGCUAUUUGUCGGAGAGGUCGCAAAGAGUUUAUUUUAAUGGUGCAUUAUCGUGUAGCAAGUCUUUGGAUUGUGGUGUUCCUCAAGGAAGUUGCCUAGGACCUUUGCUAUUUGCAAUUUUUAUAAAUGAUAUGCCGUAUAUACUCAGUAAGGCUACAUUGACUAUGUUUGCUGACGAUACUACUCUUUAUUAUGCAGCUCCUACAUGUUUAGAGCUUAAUCAGGUUCUGUCUUGUGAGAUUAGCAAAUUGUAUAACUGGAUCAAAACAAAUAAACUUGUUCUAAAUAUUUCAAAAACUAUGAGUAUAAUAUUUGGUUCGAAAUAUAGAUUAUCUGAUUAUCCUAAACUUACUUUACAUGUAAAUGGUCAAAAUAUACAGCAAGUAAAAAAGGUAAAGCUUCUUGGACUUUGGCUUGAUUCCACACUGUCAUGGUCUGAUCACAUUAAUACAGUUGUGGCUAAAAUGGGUAGAGCUGUUGCAGUUGUGCGUAAAUGUGCACAGUUUCUAAAUUCACAGCUAUUUAGUCGUGUUGUUUGUACGUUGGUUUUGUGUCAUUUAGAUUACUGUUCUGUUGUAUGGUCUGCUGCAUCAAGUAGUCAUUUAAGAAAAUUACAAGUGGCUCAAAACAAGGCUGCAAGACUGGUUCUUGGUUGUUCUUCGAGAACCAAUGUUGCGGAGAUGCAUGAACGUCUUGCUUGGAUGUUGGUCAAGCAUAGACUAUCUGCUAAUAUGUUAGUAUACCUUCAUAGAAUUAUUACCAUUCGGACUCCUACAUUUUUUUAUGAUAAUAUAAUUUACUAUUCAGAUAUGCAUUUACAUUACACAAGAGGGGCGAAUAGUCGACAGAUCUCUUUACCCCUACCUAAAUCUGACUCUAUGAAGAGGACAGUGUUUUAUAGGGCAAUUGUGUUUUGGAACAAUCUUCCAGUUGGGGUUCGUGAAAUUAAGGGAAAAACUGGUUUUAAAAAAAGACUAAGACUGUAUUUGUUGUUAACAUCAUAAG